CUUCACUCUCUCCUUCACCACUACCACCUCCACAAGGCCCACAACCAAACCAACCACUUAGCUGGUGGCGCAACCAAAAAUGUCCACUCCAUCGUCACCACCCAACACACACAAACCUACCUCCAACCCAAUGACUGGUCUGAUCCGGAGUAUACUCUCCAAUGACGGCGACAUAAUGCUUGCCGCCAUCAUAUCAUUGCUUCUGGUAAUUCUCUUCGUUUUGCUCCUCCACAUCUAUGCCAAAUGGUUUUUAGUCCAAGCUCGUCAGAGAAGUAGAAGUUCUUCUGGGUCAAUUCCACAUGUGUUGAGUUCUCGACUGCAUCACUUCCACACCUUCACUGUUGACACCAUUUUCGCCGGGUCUCCGAUGAAGGGUCUUGAAUCAUCGGUCAUUUCUUCGAUACCACAGUUCGUAUUCAAAUCAGACGAGCAAAAGCAUGGAUUGGAAUGUGUCAUAUGUCUGAGUGUGUUUGAAGAUGAAGAAACGGGUAGAAAAUUACCCAAAUGCGGCCAUGCAUUUCACGUAGAGUGUAUAGAUAUGUGGCUCCAUUGUCAUUCAAAUUGUCCGCUUUGUCGAGCCCUUGUGUUUGAUAAUAAGCUUGACUACGUUAAUUCAUUGGCAAAUGAGAGGCGUGGAGAGUUAUCUGAGGCUACUUCGAGUGAAUUGAAUGUGGGGAAUGAGAUUGAGGACUCUGCAUUGGAGAUUGUAGUUGAAGUUCCCAAUUCGGAGAAUGAUUCAGUUUCAGAACCUUCGUCUUCUUCAUCGGUAUCGUCUCAAGCAUCGUCGUUGGGUGGCUCGCUUAAGAGAAUGCUGAGCAGGAACAGAUCUGAACGGAAAAGUUCAUCUAUCAAUUAACGCCAGUGAAUCAUUCAGUUAAGAGAGGAGAGAAUCUAGUUCGUUUGUCUGAUGCAUCAACAAAUUUAAUGCCAAAGUUUUGUGCAGAUCUACAUUUUUUCUUU